AUGGCACCAAUUUCUAUUUUCAAUGUUGAACCAUCAAUAAGAAAUCACCACUAUAAUAGAAAUCAAUAUGCCCAACAAUUAAACGAUAUCGAAAACGACCAUAUUAACAAUAUCAACGAUGAAGAAGAUUAUAUGGACAUUGAUGAAGAGGACUUUAGUGAAGGGGAACAACCAUUUGUAGAUGAAAAUAAUAUAAUAAAUGAAAAACAUAAUAAAAUCAAUAAAAUCAAUGUGAGAAUAAACCAACUUGACCCAAUUAAAAAUUUUUCACCAUCAAUUUUUAUAAAUAUUCAAACGGAUUUAUUAGAAUUUCAAAUUAAAUAUUCAAAUAAAGAUGUUGGUCAAUAUGUAAGAAAUAAAUUUGAAAAUUUAAUAGAAGAUACUGAUAAAGUUUUAUGCGAAAACAAUAACAAAAAAAACAAUAAUAAUAAUAAAAAGGAAGAUUUAAGAUCAAUUUUUUAUAUCCAGUAUGAAAUGUUCAAAUUGCAAUCAUGUAUAGCCGGUGACCAAGAUGAAACCAUCUCUAAAGAUAUCAGACACUAUUACAAGAAAAUGUUUUGCAAACAAGAUUCCAUAGAAUCAUCCUCACUAUACACCUUUUUGCAUUUAUUGAAACUAUAUAUAAGUUUUUUAACAACAGUAAUCAAAAAUCAAAUAAAUUAA